AUGUGGGAGUGUGCAAAAUGUACCACUCACAAUAAACUGAAUGCUGCAAUAGAGAAACUGAAGCAAGUAUGCACUCCAGCAUGGGAAUAUAUCCAGAAAUUUGAGCCAACUGUUUGGUGUAAGGCACAUUUUAGCCAUGGACCUAAGGUGGACAAUAUAACCAACAAUAUGUGUGAAGUGUGGAAUGCUAAAAUAGUGCAAUAUAGGGAAAAGCCAAUUCUGACUACGUGUGAAGAAUUACGGUGCUACAUAAUGAGAAAAAUGGCAAUGCAUAAAAAGAAGUUGGAGUCUCACAUUGGACCCCUUGCUCCAGUACAACAUAAAAGAUUAAAUGACUUUAUCAAGUCUAAAAGCCAUAGAUGGAGAGCUAUUUGGGCUAGUGAUUCACGAAGAAUUCUGUUUGAGGUUCAUUGCCAAAAUCAUAAGGUGGCUGUUAAUUUACAGGAGAGGACAUACACAUGCAAUGUUUGGCAGCUGACUGGCAUGCCUUGUAGACAUACAGUUGCUAUAAUGGCUAAAAUAGGUCUUAAAGUUGAGGACAUUGUCCAUAAAUGGCUAACCAUAGAUGCCAUCAGGGCCCAAGAAGGUGGCAGCAACACUCAAGUCAAUGAUAACCCAACAGGUGGUGGGGCAGUCUCAGAUGUUGUGACUAAGGCAAGAAAAGCUAAGAAAAAACUUCCUAAGUUGUCUACAGGACCUGAAACAGCAGCCUAA